UAACUGGAAGAACAUGGAGGAACCAGAACCAAAACCAAACUAAGAGCCAUUUCUAUCAUUAGAACUGCGCAGAGUUUAAGGCUUUGUGGUUAAGGUAUUGUCCCUUUAACUAAAGAAGCAAGCUUAGUUUUGGUUUUGUGAGUUAGGAUCUUAUUAUAUGGAAGCUGAGGCAGAGAUUGAUCGGUUGCCCAUUGACUUGUUGGCUCAUAUUUUUGUUCUUUUCACUUCCUUCACUGAUUUGGUCCAGGCGAGUAGUGUUUGCAAGAAAUGGAAACAAGGGGUGAGGGAAUCCUUUGCUCGAAGACACAAUUUGAGCUUUGCGGGUUGGAAGAUGGAUGAUGACUCCACUGCUCGCCUCGUUUGCUAUGCCUACAACCUCACAAAACUAGAUAUACCGAGGAGCCGUUGGGGUUGCCAAAUAACUGAUGUUGGACUUCUCAGAAUAUCUAUGGCAAAGUGUGUCAUCAAUCUCACAUCCAUAUCAUUGUGGGGUUUGACUGGCAUCACAGAUGAAGGUGUUGUUCAACUGAUAACCAGGACUAGAUCCUUACAACAUCUGAAUGUUGGUGGUACGUUUAUCACAGAUGAAUCUCUGUUUGCGAUUGCAAGAAGUUGUCCGAAGUUAGAGACCAUUGUUCUUUGGAGCUGUCGUCAUGUAACUGAGAGUGGGCUCUUUGAGAUAGUUGAUAAAUGCCUCAAGCUCAAAUCAAUGAAUGUAUGGGGAACACGAGUUCCUGUGGAUUGUCUAAGCAAUUUAAAUAUUGUAAGACCAACCCUUCAGAUAAAACUUUGAAACUGGAUUGCUUGCAUGCAUAGAAUGGGGUCGAAGGUGUUGAUUUAAGUGAUAUUUUCACUGUUUCUUUUUUUUUUUUUAGUUGUACAGAACAGAUUGUUUAGUUCUUGUAUUCUUAAAUUCAACUUGCUUUAAAAGUUGAAUAUGUCGAAGUCCAUUAAUUCCGGUAUAUCAUGAUGCUAUUGCUGUAAAUGUAAGUCAUAACACGUAACGAUUGUUGUACACUUUAUUGAUUCAUGUAAUGACCUACAUUAUUUGAAUGUCUAUAAAUACCCAAU